AUGACCAUCACUACCAUUGAGCCUAUGACUGGAACCGCCAUAUACGGUCCACGUCCUGGAGUUGAAAACAUAUUAGUCACCGGAGGUGCGGGAUUUAUCGGGUCUUGGAUGUGCCAACACCUUGUGCUCCGGUACCCAGAAUAUAAUAUCAUAUGUCUUGACAAAAUAAGCAGUGUUUCCUCUCUCAACAAUAUUAAGUACAUUCAAGGUCGUACCAACUUUCGUUUUGUUCAGGGAGACCUCUGCGACAAGGAGCACCUAGUUCAUAUCUUAAAGGAGUACGAUAUUGACAGUGUCAUCCACUUUGCUGCAGAGUCCAGUGUACAAAAGUCUUUCUCCGACCCAAUUGCCUUCGUGGACAUGAAUGUAUAUGGGACCCUUUUCUUGAUGGAGGCAAUGCGCAUACACGGGAAGAUUACUAGAUUCGUACAUACAUCUACAGACGAGGUAUACGGCGAGACCUGGGGUGUUAGUGUGGACGAAGAUACCCGCAUGAAUCCUACCAACCCAUAUGCUGCUAGCAAGGCGGCCGCGGAGAUGCUUAUCAUGGCCUAUCAGAAGAGUUUCAAUAUCCCUGGAAUAGUACUUCGGUGCAACAAUAUCUAUGGUCCUGGCCAGUUUCCCGAGAAGCUCAUACCUAAAUUUACAAUGCUUGUCAAUGAUAGCCAGAAAUUGACUAUGCAGGGCAACGGUAGCCGUACGAGGAGCUUUAUCUAUGUAGCUGACGUAGUAGCUGCAUAUGAUGCUGUGCUUCAUAAUGGAAUGGUUGGGGCAGCCUACAAUGUCAGCUCGUCUGAUGAAGUAUCUAUCCGGGAUGUUGCUAUCGAAAUUCUAAAGGCAUUCGGACAUGACAGCCAGGAGGAAUUCGAAAACUUCAUUAUUUCAGCUCCAGAUAGGCCAUAUAAUGACAAUGACUAUGUUGUCAAGGGAGGCAAGCUGAAGGACCUUGGCUGGUCUCAAAAGGUCUUUUUUAACGAGGGCUUAUCCAAGACAGUUGAAUGGUAUCGCAAGCAUGGUGACAGAUGGUGGGAACAGCAGCUUGGCAAUACUAUUGUUUUGCACGGUUCUCACCAUACCUGA